GCUGAUUGCUUUGUCAAUCAGCGAGAUGUUACAUUUCCGUUGUAUCGAGUAGGGCCGCCGUGCUGUGUCUGGGGAGGAAGCUGUGAGAAUGGUUCGCUUCAAAUCCAGGUACCUGCUAUGCGAGAUAGUGUUCGAGAAUCCCCAGUUUCGGCAUUGUAUCGAGGAGAAGAAUAUCUAUAAAACAGUUAAAGAUGCAAUCAUUCGAGCACAUGGUGACUUUGGACUUGGUUGUUGCUCAUUAUCCCUGGCAGUCAAGUACCUGAAUGCCUACACAGGGAUAGUCUUAAUAAGAUGUCGGAAAGAUUUUUAUCGACUGUUAUGGUCUGCCAUGCAGUUAAUCACCUUCCUGGAGAGCAAGAACCAGAAGUACCCCUGUUUCUUCAACACAUUGCAUGUGGGAGGUACUAUCCGAACCUGCCAGAAGUUUCUCAUCCAGUAUAACCGCAAGCAAUUGCUGCUCCUCCUGAAAGACUGUAAAACCAAAGAGGAGAGGGAAUCUGUUCAAAGGUCUAUCUUGAGUUGUUCACUGAAAGAAUUGGAACAAGAUCGAUCGAAGUACCAAGAGGAGACAGAAGCAGAUGCAAAUCAAGUGUUAUGAAAAAACUGCAAAACAGCAAGAACUGCACUGUGGUAAUAGUUCCACCUGUACAAUCAAGGUGUUUUGCUGUGACACAGUUUAAGAUUGUGUAAUCUUCAAUUUAGACUUAGGCUCUCACACACCAGAUGCAAAUCUAACACCCCAAACCACUCUCUGCUGUUAAACUCCUGAAUUAUUUUCAUUAGGACAGCCUUGUAGUGGAAAAGAGAAUUUAUUGGCAAUGUGAAGUGAUUAAAGGUUAAUCAAGAAUGGUACUUGCUACUGGAUGCUAAUCCUUGUGGGCAUAAUCUUAGAAAUGUAAAAAGCUGGCACUUUAAACUACUGCCAACCAUUCCACAGCAACUGAGUAACCUUACUGUGGGUCUAAACCAUAGCCGUUAGCAAACUUCACUUCAAUUAAAUAAAACUGAACUACACUUCCCAUCAGUAAUAAUGAUCAUGAAACCAAAGGAUUAUUAAAACUCACCUGGUUCACUAUGUCCAUCAGGAAAAGGAAAUCUGUCAUGCUAAUCUUUACUGGCCAAAGUGCUUGAUUUUUAAAACUGGCUCUUUGAAGCAGCCUAAUAAGCCAUUGAUUGUUAGGCAUAUUAGAUUUGGGUGAUUACUGCUGAUAUUGCCUGUGAUACUAUGAUGCAUUAAUGAAUUUUACAUGUUAUCACUUGUUGUAGUUGGUGAUAAUCAAGGCUGUAGAACUGACUCAGCUAGUAAAACUCCUCAGACAGAUACUUGAUGUUUCAAACUGCCUCCACAACCUGAAUAUCACUUAGGUUAACAAUCUGUGCAUUACUUGAGCAUUUCAAACCAAGUGUACAAAAUCAAAUAUAGACUACCUUUAAAAAAAUAAAGGAAGAAACUAGUAAACCAUUUCUUCACUACUGCCCUGAAGCUACAAAGUAAAAAUAACAUUUUUCAAUGCAGUUGCUCAAUGUGCACUGUAUAGCUAUUAAAUUACAAACCUACAUGCUGGAGUACAAACAUGAAAUAUAAUACACAAGUAAUUUUUAGUUACAGCUGGGUGUACUCAUCUUGUCCCAAGAACUUGAAUUUGAGAAUGAGAGAUGCUAUUUAAAACCUGUGCUUAUACUACAAUUUCAAUUGCAACACAGCAUUAAAAAUAUUAAAUGUUGAUGGUCAUGAACAGAGUUCAAGAAAUGCUGGUGCUUAAAAGGAAACAUCUUUCAAUAAUAAGCAGUCAUAGUUGCAUUGUAUUUAGAAACAAACUGAUGCUCUGGGCCAGAAGAUAGAUGUAUUUUGCAAAGGAUUUUAUUUCAUUUGUUUAAGGCAAUUAGGUUAGUGGUGCAAUGGUAGUGUUUCUGCCUCUGAGCCAGAAGGCCUAACUUUAAGUCCCACCUGCUCCCAAGGUGUGUAAUAACAGCUGAGCAGGUUGAUUUUAAAAGAAAUCUGUCUGUAAAAUCCAAGAGAAGGGAAAAGACAGGAACAUGGCCCUGUGUAAAUUAAUUUUCUAGGGCAGAUAUGCCAGGUUUGACUUUAGUUAGUUACAUAUUCCCUCUAAUUAAAGAGAUCUAAAACACCCCAUUACAUUGGAGAGAAAUCUGGUUAUUUUAAGUGGUUUCUUCAUUAGCUUUGAUUUUCCAGAACAUACAGUAGGUAUUGACCCACAUAUUCUCUUCAUGGGUAAGGCAGAAAAAUGAACAACACACUGCACAAGGUUCUUUUAUUGCAUCUAUUACUUUGCUGUUGCAUGAAAGAAAAGUGAAGGGCAGAAGUAACAAAGCUGAACUCAACACUUCAUUAGAUGCUUGACAGUCACUUUUUUAAAAAGAUACUUUUCAAAUUAAAAUUUUCAAAAAAGGGAAA